UAUGCGGAUUUUUUGUUAGUAUUUUCUCUCUGUUGGGCUUGCUUCAUUUUGCUAUUUAAAUUUACAGCAUUUGUAGGCUUUUAAUGGUUGACACAGCAUUAGUCACACAAGACAAAAAGAAAGAAAGAAAGAAGAAAGAAAGGAAGGAAAAAUACCAAAAUCUCUUCUAGCUUUUACAGAAAUGUGCAGCAACACCAGCCUUAGUCUCAGUGGUGGUGGCUUUUUUGAUAAGAGUGGUGGCAGUUGUGGUGGCUGUAAUGGUGGUUAUGGCGUCGAGAGUAUAUUUUCAAAGAAACCCAAGAGACAACGAGUUCCAAAGAGAGGACCAGGAGUUGCAGAACUGGAGAAGAUCUUGAGAGAACAAGAAAAGAGACCUGAUUUUGACGAAGCCAAAAAUAAAGGGUUCUCUUUAGUUUCAUCACUUGCAUGUUCUUAUCAACCAAAAUCUCCAGUUCUUCCUCCACCAAAUUCUCUACCUAAAUCUGUCUCAUUUUCUCCAAAUCCUAACCAUUUUGCUCUACCAACGACAAUGUUUUACAGUAACAAUUCUAACAGUAACCCGUCACCCCUAGGAGUUGGAUCUGGAUCAGGCGUUGCUUUGCCUGCGCAUGCAUUAUUACCCACAACGUGGAAUUCUUGUGAGCGGCCUACUGUUGAGGUUUGGGAUCCUAGAUCAGCUUCUGCGGUUCAAUCUUCUACUCAUUUGUCAAAUGGAUCUAAGAAUCAAUUGUUUCCUUCUCCUAGUUUGAUGCAAAGAAGCCAGCAGUCGUCACCAUCUUCAAUUACAAAUCUUUUUCCACAUCCUAUUGUGUCAUCUUCGACAACCUCGUCUUCUACUGCACCUUCUCUUGGUAGAGAGCCCCCUUCAAACCAAACAUCACAUCAUCAAUGGACUGCUUUAUGGCCAGAGGAAGACAAGGGUCCAUUGUGCAUUUGUUUUUUGUUGGAGAAAAAGAACUCAAAAUUUUCACCUGGGAUUUUUCUUUUUGGGCAUUUGGAAAAUAUAAUGAGGAUUAUUACCAAAUUAGAGGAAGAAAGAAAUGUUUUUUCUUUAAUGACAAUGAUUAAGCUAUAUGUGCAAGUAAUGAUAGUCGGUGCAAAGAGAUCACGGCCAUUCUCCAUAGAGAUGAUCCCUCCGGUGCCGACUUUCCGUUAUCAGGUUCCUACGUUUUCACCUCAGGUGAACAGACCAGAGCCUUCACUUGCGUGUGGUAGUCGCAGCAUAAACAAUCUUGAACCGUGUGAGAGAACAUCAACAUCUAGAGAGAUGAAGCCAAGAAGUUCUUUAGAGCCCAACACCAAAAGAAGCAGUAGAACAGAUAAUGAAGCAGAAGUUGGAAGUUUCCUCUUACUUGGCUCACCAGCAACUCCAUCAUCAAUUCAGACUCAAAGAGAAUCACCCACAUUUAGUUCUUUCCCUUUUCAGGAAAGCAAUGUGGAUUCACAGCUUAGACCAGCACAAGGUGGAUGCUUUAAGAAGAAACCUCUCUAUAGCUUUUUACUUCCCAGAAAGCAAAUGAGUAUGGUGGAAACAAGCUCUGCUUCAAACAAUGAGAGAUUAGAAACAAGAGGAGAUGAACUUGAUCUCAGCCUCAGACUCUGAGUACCUGUGAUGAGAAGCUUAUAACAAAAGUUGGCAUCUGGGUUACUACUUCUUGAUGGUUGAGAUGUUGGUUCUUGUGUACAAAUGUGUGCCUUUGGAUGUAAAGGAUACAUAUACUAGAGAGUUACUUCCUUGUUGGUUGUGGCUCAAGUAAAUUCUGUGAUUUACUAUGAAAUAUGCAUAUAGAAUCAGUUUCCCUUUGUU